UGGUCACACUGCACGCAACGUCCCAGGCCUUGGAGCCAAAUUUUUGUUGGCCCUAAAAUUCUCGCGUAUAAUAUAUAAAACAAUGUGCAUAUAUGUACGAGGCGCACAUAACACGCGAUCAUCAUGUUCACGGUCACAUCGGAAAUCUACAGUGAAACCAACUAUCAGCCAACGAAGACGGAAGAUGGCCACAAAGUCGUCUCCAAGUUUCGGUUCCGAUAUCCCGACGAGAAGCUGGAGAGGAUUGGGCUGACCAGCGCCGAUAAAGAUGGCGAUCUGGAUGUGCCAAGGCCACGUCGAGGCGUCAUAGAACUUGAACAUUCCGUGGCCACGGAGCUGAAGCUGGUGGGGCUGCAAGUGUGGCGCGGCGCGCUGCUCCUGGCGGAUUACUUGUUCUCCCAGCGGCAGGAGCUGGCCAAUCAGACCAUCAUGGAGCUGGGCGCUGGCGUGGGACUGACCAGCAUAGCAGCGGCGAUUCACAACAGCGGAAAGGUCUACUGCACGGAUGUGGAUUUGGGCUGCAUUCUGAAGCUCAUCCGUGGCAAUGUGCAGCGCAAUGUGAGCCUCAUGUGUGGCCAGGUGUCCGUGCUGGAGUUCAACUUUCUGAUACCACGAGAGGAGCAGGCACCGGAGCUACUGUCCGCCAUCGAUGCCAGCGAUGUGAUUUUGGCUGCGGAUGUCAUCUACGAUGACACCCUAACCGACGCCUUUGUGGCCGUUGUGGAUCAGAUCUUGGCCAGAGGACAACCCACGGGCAGGCCCAAGACCAUUUACAUGGCUCUGGAGAAGCGCGUGGUGUUCACCUUCGAGGACUGCGAAGCGGUGGCGCCCAUGUACGAGUAUUUUCUGAGGCAAACGGCACACAAGCCAUGGAAAUUGGAGCAUCUGCCACUGGAUUUUCCUCAGUACUUUGACUACGAUCGCUGCCGUCAGUUGAUUCUGAUGAGGAUCACCAGUCGUUAGCUGCUUCCCUGUUGCCUGACAUCCAUAAUUAAACGUUGUAUGUGAA